CCCACGGCGGUGGCUCACCUGCACCUGGUAGCCGCCGCGGCCGAAACCCUCGAGACGGCUGCGGUUCUCACUCACGACGAAACGGCGCGGCGCCGCCAUGUCGUCGGCCCUGUCCAUCCUGCGCCCAUCACGCGCCUCUGCCAGUGCCCGGACCCGACGGGUAUUCCGAUCGUACAGAUCACGCAGGCGUCGACGCUCAAAAUCGUUCCGUCGCAUAUUUCCCUCUGUUUCCUUUCGUUCCGUUCACACGCUCUUUCGUAUGCUUGUGGCAAAUACCUAUUCGUGUUGUUCGAGGCGAGCAAAACAGAUGGUGGAGUACAAAAGACGGGUGGAUCCAUGCAAACAGAUGAAGAAAAAAAACAAAAGAGAGGGAGAGAGAAAUAG